CCGAAUUGGCCCGGUUCAACGACUCCAUCAAGACUGACCAUUGCCGUAUCAUCACUAUCCUCGUCGCCUCGUCCACGGCUGCUAAUUUGGUCCCUACCCCGAAACCCUGAAACGAGCGACUAUCACAUCCGAUUUCAUCAUGGCUGGUCACGGUCACCACAGCUUCAACGGCCCUCCUAAGCCCCCGGUGGCUCACGUUCCCCGUAUCUACCGAUUCACCGCGACAGCUCUAGGCGCUGGCAUGUGGUUCUUCCUUAUGUACCGGGCAAAGAAGGAUGGUGCCGUUCUCCUCGGCCUCAAGCACCCCUGGGACCACUAAACGAUUACCAUAUAUGAUUACUUCCAUUCCUGCGGCAAUUACAACAGAGAAGGCAUUGGGCGACGAUAUCAGAGGACAAGACGGUUCAAUGCGGUGUAUAUAGGGCAGAAAAGGCUCUUGAAUUGAAGAAAAAAGAUCAAA